AUGAUAGGAGGAAAACGUCCUAGAACGAGCAUCCAGGAUGAUGCUUCAGUGAACAAGCAUCUGGAUAUGGACACCAAGAAAUACCUGGAGGAGCUCGAGUAUGAGCUUGAGAGGCACAGAUCCAAGAACGAAGCAGAGCGUCUUCCUCAUAGCGAGCGCCUGCUCCUCGACGAGAUUGACCGCGUCAGACAACACCUGGACGCUUCCCCCGAGGUGCCGCCAUGGACCGCACAUGAGGGGGAAGGGAUAAGCUCAGUGCUGGAAUCAGAGGAGGAGAUCAGUGCAGGGGAUGUCAGAGCCAUCCUCAAGGUGUUUGUCCCGGAGGAAUGCUACGGCACAACCUUCCAUGGAGAUGUCCGGGGAGGGACGAGUAGGGGGAGGCUCCUGGGGCCUUCUGGCCAGACGAUCCGAUGGUUGCAGCAGGAGUCCGGCUGUAAGAUCCAGUUGAAGGGCAAGAACAGCCUGAAGCUGAGGGAUGGGCAGACUUGGGAGAGCCUGGCCGAAGAUCCGCAACACGCGCACGUGCUAGAGGACUUCCAUGUGUGGAUACAGUAUGAGGGUCCGAGGGAACGGAUGGCCGCGACCUUCUCCAAGGUGCUGCUGCUGGUCAAGAAGAUCAUCCAUGGCGAGAUCGUCCAGCCGCCAAGCAUGGGGAUGUCGGGGAGCAUAGGGAUGUCGGGGAGCAUGGGGAUGGCGCUCCAUGAGCCGCAGAUGAAGGGCAGCUCGAUGUCGUCAGGGUACAACGACUACUCCGCAGGAGGGAUGGGCCCCGGAAGCCCCCCAAUGUUCAACACGCAGGUCGUACACAACCGAGAGUUUGGGUCCUUGUGCCGCACGAGCAUCAAGAUUUUCAUUCCGCAGAAGACUCCGAUGGGCUGUAGCAGGGGGAAGCUGCUCGGAACGAGGGGGUCGAUGCUCAAGCAGCUCAUGCACGAGACAGGGUGUCACCUUGCCUUGCGAGGGCGAGGAAGCAUGAAGGAGGAUAGAGACGGCGACGCCAAGGGUGCGAACUCCGAGGGCGAGCUGCACGUACUUGCCGACUACGAGGGCCCGAUCGCAGCGAGGGACGGAGCCUUGCAGAACGUCGUCAGCCUUGUGAGAGCGGUUUUGACACCCGCAAACGACCUGAUGACCGGGAUGUUCGGCGGGAACCCGUCAGUGAGGUCAAGCAUGAGCUCUGGUCCGAUGCAACAGUUUUCAGGGAUGCAGAUGCCGUUUUUUGACCAAGGGUACGAUGUGUUCAUGUCCCGGUUCUGA